AUGAGGGCUGUUGGUUUGCUGCUGCUGCUGCUGGCUCUGUGUGGGUCAGGAGCUCAGGGGGAGCUUCAGGAGACGGCUCUAAGAGAUCCAGCUGAGGAACCGACCGAGCAGACCACAAAGCAAACCGUACCUGACAUCUGGGCGGAGGUGAGGGCUCUGAGAGACAUGGUGGUGGAGCUCAAGGUGGAGCUGAGGAACAUGCAGGUCGCAGUGACGGACAGUGAGAGCCAGGUGGAUGAACUGAACCUUGAACUUCUCGUCAGCAAGUCCAGGAUUGAGCAGCUGGAGAGAGAAAAUGCAGUCUUGCAGACCAGACUGAGCAACAGUGAGAGUGAACUUCUCGUCAGCAAGUCCAGGAUCGAGCAGCUGGAGAGAGAAAAUGCAGAGAGAAAGGUGGCCUUUUACACAGCUCUGACUAAUUCAGGACAUGUUGGACCAUUCAACACAGUCACCACACUGAAAUACAGCAAAGUCUUCACCAACAUCGGCGAUGCUUACAAUCCAUCUACAGGUUUCUUUACAGCACCAGUCAGAGGGGUCUACUACUUCCAGUUCACUAUGUGUGGUCACAAUGCAGGUUACAUGGGUGUACAAAUGUACAAGAACAACCAGAGGAUCAUGUGGAAUGAGGAGUAUAAGCAAGAGUCAAUUUAUGAAUAUUUGACUAACUCUGUUGUCUUGGAGCUGAUGGCAGGAGAUGAAAUCCACCUCACUCUCGCGUCAGGCCAUUCUCUCUAUGACGAUACAAACAACCACAACACCUUCAGUGGCUCCCUCCUUUUCACACUGUGAGGAUUCCUUCAGGCUGCUGUUUGACUCCUUAUUGGCUACACUGUGAUUUACUGCAUGUACCAAUUAAUGAGGUUCUGCAUCUGACUUGUCUGUAAUGUCGUCACAUGAAGGCAAUAUUGAAAUAAAGCAUUCAGAUGAACAAAUAUUGUUUUAUCCCUCUCGUAAGAGCCAUUUUGCUUAGAUU